UAUUUUAUCGCUUAAGCACCUUGGAAAUAGUUGAGGAACAGUCAAACCUUCUCUUCCUCACAUCACUGGUGUCGUUUCAAGUAAGUGUAUAGUAGCUCACGGAACUUUACUUUCUGCGUGGGUUUAAAAGUCUUAUUUGUCGUUAACGAUAACAAUGUGCUCGACUGUCUGAGUUAUCUAUUUAUCAUUGGUUAAGUGAGUCGCAUCUAGUCGCGAGCGAUGAAUUUCACGCGCUAAAAUGUAAUGAAAUGCUCUAAUAAAUCGAUUUCGUCAUGGAGACGCUCAGUAGUUUAAGCGUUGCUAGAGGAAAUCAAGUUGGAUGUGUUGAGUUCCACACCUUGCCUUCUAUAAAAUCGUCAUGCCAAUAAUUUUCUAGCUUUUAAAAACGAUGGACGGAAAUUUUUUGACUAUCUGAAAACGGAAAUGAUGACUUAUUCAAAACAGCAUUCGAUUACUGACAGACCUAUACAUUUCCAUACAAUAAUUUUCAGGGCACAGCAUUUACUCAGGCAUAGCAGAUAGCAAAGUAAAAUGCAUUCAAACAUCGACAUUCCCUGAAAAAUUGAGAACAAUUUUCAUGAAACUUACCUAUGACGUAAUAAACUAAUGAACAGAAAGUAAGUCAUAGAAGGUAUGGCCUACCUUGACACAACUUAGUAAUCCUUUCCACAUCAUUUUAAAGUAAAAUUACAAGUCUUUGCGCAGAUAGAAGUUAAAAUACUGUGCUGCACCACAUUCGAAAAAAAGAAAAUAAAAGAGAUUUGUUGUUUACACAAAUAUAUCUUGCAUAACAAUUCAACUUAAUAUGCUUCGUCUCUAGUAGUUUAUGCAUUGCAUAACUAGAUUUGGUGAGUUUCCACACCUCGCCUUCUACAAAAUCGUUAUGCCAAUAAUUUUCUCGAUUUUAGCAACAAUUGACGGAAAUUAUGUGACUAUCUAAAAACGUAAGCGACGAUUUAUUCAAAAAACAUUAAUUCAACAAUUUGUUGGGCACAGCAUUUACUCAGGCAUAGCAGGUGGCAAAGUAAGAUGCAUUCAAACAUCGACAUUCCCUACAAAAUUGAGAACAAUUUGCGUGAGAUUUACCUAUGACGUAGUAAACUAAAGAACAGAAAGUAAGUCAUAGAAUGUAUGGUCUACCUUGACACAACUUAGUAAUCCUUUCCACGUCAUUAAUUAAGAGGAAUUUAGAACAAAAUCAUCAUAAACUACGAUCAUAAGACUUCACGAAGAUAAAACUUUAAAUACUGCGCUGCUCUACAUUUCGAAAAAAUAAACAUAACAUAGUUUUGCUUUUAAAACAAGUAAAUAUUGCGUUACUAUUCGACAUAUGCUUCGUCUCCGGUUUGCAACAACCAUAUCGAAAGAUUUCAUUCCCCAUAGAAAAAUAAUUAAGAGAAAAUUUAAUCCGGAUUGAUUCCCUUUCACAUGACGAGUAGCCGCAAGAGCAAGCCACACUUAAAAGUGUCGUAGCCCACGUUUUGAAGUACGUUUAUUUACACCCCCAGAGUCCUGAGGAAAACAGAAAUUUGUCGAUUACAGACCCCGGAAAGUCGAUUUAAGGCGCUUCUAUUGGCGAUUACGACAUGACGUACAGGUACAUAGCAUAAACUAGUGAUGAAAUUAAAACUGUCCAGAGGCCACAAAAAUAGCUGCAUUGUUUCGGUCUCAAAUAUUUUCCUUGGAGACUGUGAAGAAGAUUUUAAGGGUCAUUUUGAUCAUUAUGGCCGGGUCAUAUGUGUCUGGGGCGGUUCUGCCACGACGAUUUUUGUGUCGCUACCGUGUUACCUUGUCUUCAGCCGUUCUAGAAAUCGACCAGUGUGAUUUUCGAUUUUCAUGGUGUAACAAUGUCCAUCAAAAUCUUCUAUGAGACCGCAUACCCGCGCAUGGCGUGUGGUAGCUCUAUUUCCCUCGGCGUCAUUUAAUACUGAAACUGAAAUUACCAACUCGAUAAAUCUGUUCAAAGCCGUCAUGUCGAUUUUUGUUUUCAAUAUCACGUUAAACGCCGUUCACUUAUCAGCGAACAAGUAUUGGAAUUAAUCGACAAUACCACAAUUAAGACAAACGUUACUCUUGAAUAAAGUAAAAAUCGUUCACACAUAAAAAUUUUUUCUCUCGUAGACCCAUCAAACCCUGCGUAUUAAGUUCACACAUAAAUCGCUCGCUAGAACACUCAUUAACUAACACGAAAAGCACGACGAAGAUGACCACAAAGUACAUGCAGAAAAAGGAGAGACAAUUCAAAAGUGACGAAUUUGUCGAUUCAAGCAAACCACAUUCGUGUUUAUACAGAUGUACUAAACCCAUGCCAUAAAAUUUAUCAUCAUUCCGGGCUGUCAAAAUAAUUAAAUCUAGUCUAACGUUAGAAAAAUGUACAGCUUUGCACAAAAAAGAAUAUUAGAAUAGUUUACAUUAGUCCUCUGUUAAUCACAGUCAGGAGCGGGGCUCCUGUCACAGUUUAAAAACAUUUAACCAAUCAACUGCUCGAGGAAGAUAUAUAUAUAUAUAUAUAUAUAUACACAAAGUGUAAAAUUUUGACUUUUGUAAAACAGUGCUCAAUACACAGAAGUAGAGCGAUGUAUGCAUUGUGGGAGGAAAAACUGAAACUAAACUGUUAAAUUUCGCGCUACAUAAAUUAGAUUAUAUUGUAUACAAGUGAUGGUAAAGAUUAUUCUCACUAAAUCCCCUGAUGAGUGGGCAACCACGAAGCAGGUCUGUUCAGAUGAACUCGUAGUUAUUUGUCUUUUUCCUCCCACAAUAUGUAUACAUAUCGAUUGGUAAUACUUCCAAAGACCCCAAAAAGCAUGGAACAUUCAAAUCAAUUUUUCAUUCGCCUUGAUUAGGAAGGGAUCAACAACUAGUACAUGCAUAAUUUACUAAUAUGUUUAACAUUUAAAGUAUAGCAUUUCCAGCUAUCCAUUCUCGAAUUUUACAAAACAUUUCCCGCACACUGUGCAACCAUGAGUAUGUCAUUAAGUCGCGCAGGAUCAGUCGGGACAGAGCCCGAUACUGAGAAAAUACCGGACCUCACGUGAACGGUGUUAAGGCGACCUGAUAGGUUGCUCUAUUUCACAAGCUUCUAGUCGUUAACUGUCUGGCAAGCUAAUGUUCGGUCGAAUGAAAAAUAAUUGAUUCCACGCAAGUACUGAAAAGGAAAGCAAGGUUCGAUUCAUUUUUGGUUUUGUGACGUUUAAGAGCACAUUAAUUGAGUAUUUACCGCGAACACAAACGAGCAUACGUAGCGGGCAAGUUUAGGCAUGCCUUUUAUUGCGAUCUCGUCAAAAGUACUUGUUGAAUAGAUCAUUAAUUUCAUGAAGAGAAAUCAUCAUCACAUGGAAACAGAGGCUGAAGUUUGAUUAUGAAAUUAAUCCGAGCCUUUUAAUCGCUUAACCACCCUGAAAAUAAUCGAGGAACAGUAAAACUAUCUCUUCUUCACAUCACUGGUGUGACAAUCGUUUCAAAUAACGUUUUAACUCACGGAACUUUAUUGUCUAGGGUUUGAACGUCUUGUAAGUCGUUAGGGAUAAAAAUGUGCUCGACUGUCUAAGUUAUUAGUUGACUGAGCCGGAUCUCGUCGCAAGCGAUGAAUCUCAGAUACUCAAAUGAAAUGAAAUACUUAAAAAAAUCAAUUUCCUCAUGUAGGCGCUAAGUAGUUUAUUCAUUGCAUAGGAGGAAAUAAAGUUAGAUGUGGUGAGUUUCCACACCUUGCCUUUCCAAAUCGUUCUGCCAAUAGAGUUCUAGCUGUUAGCAACGAUUGACUGAGAUUUCGUGACUAUCUAAAAACGUAUGCGACCUCAAAAAACAUUCGGUCGUUGACAGAUCUGUACAUUUCCUUGCAACAAUUUGCUGGGCACAUCAUUUACUCAAGCAUAGCAGAUAGCAAAGUAAAAAGCAUUUGUACAUCGAAAUUCUUUGAGAAAUUGAGAACAAUUUGUGUGAAAUUUACCUACGACGUAGUUAACUAAUUAAUGAACAGAAAGUUAGUCAUAGAAGGUGUCAUACGUUGUAUCAAGGUAGGCCAGUUCCACGUCAUUGAUUAAGCAGAAUUCAAAACAAAAUCCUUCAUCGUAAACUAAAAUCACAAGUCUUCACGAAGAAAAAGUUCAAAUACUCUGCUGCAAUACAUUUCAAAAAAUAAUAAUUAAAUAGUUUUGCUUUUUAAAUUAAUAAAUCUUGCGUUACGAUUCAACUUAAAAUGCUUCGUCUCCAGUUUGCAAUAACCAUAUCGAAAGAUUUCAUUCGCCACAGAAUAGAAAUUAAGAGGAAAUUUAAUUGGGAUUGAUUCCCUUUCACAUGACGAGUAGUCGCCAAAGUUAAAAGUGUCGCAGUACACGUUUCGAAGUACGUCCAUUUACACCUCCAGUCUUGAUUAUUUUGGUUUGGAGACUGUGAAGGAGAAUAUUAUGAUCCUUCUCAUGAUUAUGGACGGGUCAAACGUGUCUCGGCCGGUUCUGCCACGAUGAGUUUUGCUACUCUUCCAUUGUCAUCAGUCUUUCCAGAUCUAGGUCAUGUAAUUUUCGAUUUUCAUGUUGUAAUAAUGUCCAUCAAAAGCCCCUUUGAAGUCCACUGACUGUAGGGCUAGUAGGCCUACCGCAUACACGCGCAUAGCAUGUGGUAGGCUCUAUUUCCUUCGGCGUCAUUUAAUACUGAAACUGAAAUUACCAACUUGAAAAAUUUGUUAAAGCCGUCAGGUCGAGUUUUGUUUAUCACAUUAAACGCCGUUCACUUGUUAGCGAACAAGCACUGAGGGUAAUCAAAAAUACCACAAAUAAGACAAACGCUAUACUUGAAUAAGGUAAAAAUCGUUCAAAAUCAAUUUGGAAUUCGUAUGAUCACAGACAACAACGCUGACUAAUCUUAUAUUCAAAUAUAACUUGUGACAAAAUCAACAAACUCAGCAAAGCAGUGACGCAGGUUCAUUUACGAGAUAAAUGAAAUAUUUUAACUCUGGGAAUACUAAAUAUAACACGAAAAGCGUAUUUAUCACAAGAUAAAUUAAAGGUUGGCUUACUUGCUUACUUCCUUGAUAGUUCUUGAAGUUUUGCAUUUCAUAUUCUCAGCUUGGCCCAAAUUAAAUGUAGGCCACCAAAAUCUGCAUGCUCCCAAGAAGACCUAACGUCCGAGAAGACUACAUUCAUUACCGAUCUUUCAGGACUACUUGUGAAAGCCCUAACAAUAAUUCUUGUAUAAUGUAUCAAAGCUCGCCAAAUAGUGUAGUGGAUCUUAAUCCGUAGGAUCAAUACAUAUGGCGUUACUAUACUUUUGCCAAUGGAACUGGAGCUCAGUCUCCCUAACGGUAACUCUUCACACAAAUGUUAAAAGAUUAUUUAACUUUAACACUCUUGACUUAAAAAUGGUGGACCUGGAAUCCUUUUCAUGAUUCUCAAAUAUUAAUAAAAGCUAAGCUCGACAUGUAAUACCUCGCAUUAUCCGGCGAUGAACAUCAUUUUCUAGGAACGAAAUGAAAUGUUUAAAAAUCGUGCGGGUUAUAAGUUGUCUUAAACGGCGUUGCGUGACACUAAUCCCUACUUGAAAUAAAUUAUCUAUGUAGAAGCUUACGCAUCGACUUGGUUAGUGAGUUGCUUCUUAUCACCUUUGCUGAAUUACUAAACACAAACUUAAUUUCAGGCCUUAAGCCAAGGAAGAGGACGAAUUUCUAAGGAGAGAAACUGACCUAUGAGUAUGGCCCGUAGUGCAAGAUUGCGCGAAAAAUUACGUAAUAAAUAAUAAUUCCAUUUAAACAAUUUGAAAUUUGUAUUGGCUUCUUCAAUACAACUUUUGAAAAUGAAAAUUUCGUAAGAAGAUUUAAAACGAGUAAAUUAAAAGUCUAUCACCCAAAAAUAAAGGCCAGAGGUCAUGAAAAUAGGAACGCUACUAGUGCGCGACAAACGAACUGAAAAUUUAUCAUCCCUUUAUUUUUGGAUUUCUUUCAUUUUUCUGUUUCAUUCAAACACAUUACACUCGUGUCUCGCAUUAUUACCGGAAUGUAGCAUUAAUUCUUGUCUUACCCAGGCGUAUCGUUCACUCCAAAGCUAAUUUUGUGACUCUUAAGAACUACACUCUACUUCUUUUUUUCGGAAAUAUGUACUGUUAAGAAUAUUUACUUUUUAUUUUGAAAGGUUUGAAACCUCGCGGUUAAACUCGACGGGAACUUGCAGCUACACAUGCCGUGUUCAGGAUACGCGGUCGCACGUACUUAAGGGCUUUUACCAUAGCAGCUUGGCUUAAGAGCGAAAGAGGAAGGAAAACGUCGAUGAAGCAGACGAAGGUUGGAUUUGUUCCCUUCGUGUUAUUAGUGAUUAAGCACCUUGUAGGAAGAUGCACAGAUAAUUUACACUAGUUAAUAAUAUACAAGCAAAAAAUGACUCUAUUUUCCUUUCUAGUUCAAACUUUUAAAAUCUCCCUUGAAAAAUUAACCGUCUGUACUCUUUCUCCGUUAGAUAUCAGUCGACAGCAGUAAACAUCAAAUGAAAGCUAUCACGCUCGUAAUCUUCCCCGUCUUUCGUAUGAACUGUUGCAUUAAACACCUCGAAACAUUAGUUUCUCCAUCUACUUUAAAAUACACUGAAUUUAUUAAAGUGAGAAAGAUGGAAAUUCGUCUCACAAAUUUCUCUUUGUCUCGAAUUGUUAGCGGUCGACGUGGGUCGAGUAUUACCGGGAUGUGGCAUUCUGCGUCUCCAUGAGGUCAAAAGACCCGAGCCUACAGGUGGGAUGCGUUACUGUGCACCCAAAAUCACUCAGGGUGAGUAAUAUUGUAGGCUAUCACUUGUCAUAUCUGUAUGGAAUUAUACACUUAUAAACAUUACCAUACUUAAAGAGCAUUAUCGGAAAAAAGAAACCUGUGUUGUAGAACAACUGUGGUUGUGAUUUUUCCGACGUUAUCCUGGUACCACUUUGGACAGAAUAAUGCGGCGGGUAAACCAUUCCUUUCACAGACUAACUUCCUAUAACCCCUCGGCAGAUCUUGAGUGCUGGGUACAAUGGAUUUCCACCCGGAACCCCAAACAAGGAAGAAAACUGGAGAAAAGGUACAAAAGAUGAUCUUGUCGUCCACGCGGAGGCCAACGCUGUGCUCCUGGCAGGCCAAGCUGAUCUUGAAGGUUCAAUUGCCUUCGUUACAAUGUAUCCCUGUCGGGAGUGUGCGAAAAUGUUGAUAACGGUGAGUGAUGUCGAGAACAUUCGUAUAACUUAAUGUAGUGAAACCUGUGUGAGACUGGGCCCAUAGGCGAGAGAAUUUGCAUCUUGAAACCUGUAUUAAAUGGAUGGCUUGAUGAGAAUUUUGAGUGUUGUCUUCAUUUCAUGCGUUAAAUUAACUUCAUACUUUUUCAGAUCUUUUUAAAAUGGCCUUUCGGAAGGUUCCUAAUCGUUCACUCUGUUCUGUUAGGGAUCGAGUUAAAAAUUAGCCACUAUUACACGAUUUUGAAAAUUUUCUUAUGCUUGUGCGCGCCAGCGAGAGUUCGUGAAUCACCGAUUUUAAAAGGGAUUACUGUACAGCCCCCUCUACCUUGCCAAUUUCAAGUUCCUCCUAUUGGAAGGCUGAGUAGGAUGACUUUUAUGCCUUGUUUCCAAAGCCAGUAACGUUCCAAAUCAAGAAGUUGAAAAUGGAAGUUGAGUUAGUUUACCUAAGCCCACAUAGACCCACUGUCAGAUGUAUGUUUACUACCUGUAUGUCUUAGGGUGCAAACGUGUGUCCUUUUAUACUAGGGAUUAAAUGUUUGUUUUAGCACGCAGUCGUUUCAUUUGGUUUUCCUCAGUGUGGAAGUGAUAAUUCAUUGAUGACCAUCUCUUGUUCCAUCUGUAGAAGGGUGUCCGUAAGGUUUAUUAUCUUUCAUUAAAAAAAAAAUACCAAGCGGAUUCAACUGCCAUCUUUAAAGAAGCCGGAGUCGAGGUCGUGUAAGUAUUAGACUGAAAUCAUCUCUGAUAACACUUUGCACAUAUUUGUGGUAAAAACAUUCUCAAAUAAAUAUCAUAAUGGUGAAUGAACAAAAAGAAACAAGCCAAUGCACCAUUACUUCCUAUGAUAUGGGUUUGAACUUCAGAAGUCAGUUCCACAGUUCGAAAGAAUAUGCCACGCGAAAGAAUAAAAACAACACUAAGUAACCAAAUAACUGUGAAUUUAGCAAGUGGAAAUUACACCAGGUGGCUCUUCUUGUCAAUUGUUUCCUGAUCGAUUUGGAAUUUGGAAUGUUGGUUUAUGUAAAGAAAGGAGAACCUUAGGACCCGGAGAAAAACCCAUCGGAGCAAGGACAAAAACCAACAACAAACUCAACCCACAUCUACAAUGAUUGAGCGAAAAGUUAUAAGCUUAAGCAAAACUGUUAGUGUUUUACGUAUUCAUUUUUGUAUACCGGUUUUUCCUCGAGUAAGCACCCACACUCUAAAAACCGCCCUACCCCAAAUACGCGCCCACCCCUAAGCAGCUAGGCCAUAAUGUCAAACAAGUGCCCUCCCCCCUCCCCCUCUCGAAUGAGUGCUCCCCCUCCUCCUUCACUUUGUUGAAUAGAAGGAAUACAAGAAAAACCUGUGUUUAUUGCCACUUUAUCUACAAUUUUUUAAUCUUCAACUAGAGCGGAAUCAGUACGGUAGAAUAUAUAUUUUCGUUUUCGUUAUUUUUAUCUCUAUGUACUCGCGGAGUUUUUCUUUUGAAUUGUUGUGCUAUCGCUGUGCUAACCUUAUAAGUGUCCCCCUCGAUUAAGCGCCCUCCUCCCAGUAAGCGCCCCCGCCCCACUUCUUUUUCGCUAAAGUUUUAAAUAAACACCCGAGCGCCUAUUCGAGGAAACACGGUUUGUAUCUAUUAUCAAUAUCUAUUUUAUUCGGUUUUGCUGCUGUUGCGGCAAACGAACAUCAAGGCUCGAUGAAAUGCCAAGAAAAUCGCGACCGGAGAAAAAUGCCAACCAAAUCCAGGGGAUAUGCUACAGGGACAUAACUUUAAUCAAUCUCUUAAAAUAUCAGUCCCUAUACGCCGGUGGCUUGAAAUCACACUUUAUAAAUUAACUUUGUAUGCACGCCGAACAUGAACAGUGAAUAAUGAGACUAUCUGAAGGAAUCAAAUGGCACAAAGGCCAACUGUAACGCAAAAGUCACGCAAGUUUGAAAGUCACGCAUUUACAGCUGCAAUGAUUUUUCUAGACUUACGUAUAAGCAGUAAAGGAGUGUUGAGACUCAACUGACUUUCCUCUGUUCACAAAUUUGCAACCAAUUUUCGGUUUGUUUGUCUUUUCAGCCACGUGCAUUGAGGGGAGAAAACAGUUUUCCCUUAAUUUACUUACUGCCUCUGCAUCUUUUUACCAUAUUUACAUUCACCUUUUAGUUAAUUAACAGCAGAAUCUGAUUGAUCUACUUAAGGCCUAUAAAGCGAGGUGAGGAUACAACGCUGGAAGACUAUGGGAACUACCUGACCAAGAAGGUUGGCUUCGUACUGGAACAGAACAGGACACGGGGUGAACCAAAUGGUGCCUAUAAAGCCUUGUGGGAUGGCACGGAAGAAUUAAGGAGCAGCGAUUUACAAAGUCCAUGGCGGAGAAAGUUAAUGGGCAAGGUCAGUAAUUUUUACGUCAGUGGGACAAAGCAUUUAAACUUUAUCGCAUUUUUUUUCUGCAUCUCUUCUGCCAGAUUUUUAAUUUGAAGCUAGGUAUGUCACUAUUUUUUCAGUUGGUGAAAUAUCAUUAACCCUGUCAUAACUCACCAUAGAGUCUUUGUUACGUAGUCUUAGCAUCGGAAAGUGGCUUAUAAAAUAAUACUCUUGAAUAAUUCAAAUCGUUUGAUUCUAGAUCUUACUGGACAAAUGGACAGACUAUUUCCUGUUCUUGGCCCUCAUUGCCAGCACAAGAGCUUUGAAAAACCCUCAAGGAGCAAUCUUGAUAGAUUCUAAAACCUUAAAGGUAUGUAUUGGCAAAUUUCAACGUUAGCAACAUCGAUACAUAAAGGACCCUACAGACAUUUAGAACAGAUCGCAGCAAAAACGUAGCACUGCUUUAAGCGAAACACUGAGGAAAAAAGAUGAACCUUGAAUAUCCAGCUCAAAUUUAUCUUAAGAUUGACAAGGAACAUAUAACUGUAGCACGUAAAUUUGCAAACAACAAAAAAAAAAAUGCGAGUUUAAACCUUAAGUUAAAGGCAACGGCAAAGGGCGACAAUUAACAUGGAUUUUACUUAAUUUUUGUAUGUAAAAUAAAAAAGGAAUUCUCACGUUUAUAUUUGGUACUAAACUCAUUACUCAAGUAUUAAAACGAUUGGAGGCGGAGGGCAAUAAUUCCUGUUUUGUCGUUUUCCGUGUGCCCUAACUGCUAUGCCAAACUUUCCUAUUAUAAAAUAUACAAGACUACCGUCCACGAAAUUGUGCAUCCCGGUAACCAAAAGUCAGGAAGACGAUUCAAAUCGUGUCUGCCAUAUCCCACAGACCAUAAACCAACUCACAAUAAAUAGAAAUAAUUGAGGACAUUUCUCAAAGUAAUGAAAUUUAUAGAAACGAAACAAAGCCCAUCGCAUAAUUGCUUGGAGGAAUAAUACAAGUCAAAUUCCUUUCUAAAUAAAGUUUCUAAUUAAUUAAUUCAGACACAUCGUAAUAAUAAAAUAUUUCCUGAACUAGAAGAACUGGUAUUGUUGCAUCUCAGAAGCCUGAUCGAGAACCUUUCAAUUUGAGUGUUAUUUUGCAUUUAGGAAUCUUGUCGGCUUCUUGCAAUAAUCUGGGAUUCUGUGUUCUGGUUAUGGUUAAUUAUAUGUACUAAGCAUGAGGCUUACCUAUCAGUAUCCACGUUACAUGUAAAACCAAUCUUUCCUUUAAACUUUCAGAUAUCGGCGUUAUCGUACAACGGAUAUCCGGGAAGUGUCAGCAACAAAAGCCCUGAGUGGAUGGAAGUGUCUGCGUUAACAAAAGCUAUUUGUCUUCGAUUCAGCGAAGGACGCGAUUUUAUCGCAUUUUCAACUCACUUCCCAAACCUUCAUGAAGUGAAAAAUCUUGCGCAGGUGAGAAUCACACGAGGAAGGCUAAAGUUUUAAGAAUUACUCCGUCAAGUUGUGAUAGCAAUUUUAUGAGGAAGUAUCAUUUCUUCAACGGUACAAUAUUUCUGUAAAGCAAUUGUCUUGAUUAAUACCCUUAAAUUGUCAAGGUCUCCACAUAGCUCCACCAGUGGUUAAUUUCGUUUCAAGCACCCUAACGUUAGCUGAUCCAAAUGACUAUGCUUGAACCCAAUCAAUUCCGCAGGCAUCCACGCCAAGUUUCUUUAGAUCAUCUCUCUUCAUCUUUCUCCAUUUCUUUCCGAAGGCCUCUCUUUGGAAAACCCAUGAUCAUUCAAAUGGGCAUCCUCCUUGUGCCUUGAAAAGAGUUCGACGUUACAUUAUUCAAGCUCCAACAUGUUUGACUAAGCUUCGACCAUCUCUUUGCUACUUUUGCAUACAGGCCCAGGUAAAGACGUUGUACUUUAUGUGGCCUAAGACUCUUGAAGGAGACGGCGAAAAGGCACUGCAAAUUAUGAAAGACGCUGGAAUGAAAGUCGUGUAAGUAACAAAUCGGUUGCCAUGUGAUAAUCAAGAACGAGUUUGUUUGUUGGAUGUAAAUCUUUUCUGGCUCUAAUAAAUUACUUGAAGUAUGAAAAUGAACUAGUUCAAUUUUACAUUUAAAGGCCAAUGGAUGUUCCUAAUUUGGUAAAACUAGGAGAGGCCAUAAAAAACACCAUUGAAGGUCUGCAGGAGGCAGAGAAAGGGCUUUCUUCUGGUGAUUGGCCAAGUGACACUUGGACCGAGUACGACUUACAACCGGAACAGCACCAUUGGAGGCCUUGAGAAGGCAAAGGAAGCUAAGGGCUUCCCUUCAGUGAUUGGCCAAGUUAUUAUCGGACCGAGUACUAUAUAAAACCAGAGCGACUCUAAUCCACCUUUUAGGCUUUAGAUUUCCCAUCUAGUGUCGUGUGACUUUCGAUUUAAACCAACCCCGAAAGUUCAAACUUGUAGUCGAGCUCGCAGCACAGAAGUCCAAACUUCGGCUUUGGCAAUUUUUCUUAAAUAACUUCCCACUUUCAAGCACUUCCCACUUUCAAAAUUGGCAUCUUUAUUUUAUCAGUUAUUUGAUUGUUUAUCAAGCAAGUAGUUAUUUCGCGGCCGUUGAAGUAGAUGUGAAGAAUGUGACAGGAAGAGUUGCGGCAUGGAAUAAUCGAACUAGUUCUGCGUACAGUAAUGUAUCUGAUCAGGUAUACUCAGGGUGUUAAGUGCGUAGAUUGUCAAAUCCGUCCGACAGGAAAUUAAUGCCCACGAAUUGCUGUAGAACGUAAGUAAGCAUAGAUUCCCAGAAAUAAAACCGAUUUCAACUUUAUGAACUUGUACGAUUUCAGUUGUUAAGUAAGUGUAUACUUAAUCAUAAUGGUUACGAAAGCGAAGUGCUUAUGGCACCUGCAAAAACGAUUCACGAUACCCCAACUCCUGAGUAAGAAACGCUAACGGCGACCCGGUCAAGUUUUUCCAUUUGCCGGGAGCAAAUUAGGCAAAAGGAGAAAAGGCAAAGGUGGAUAGGGUCAUGUCACCGAGUUGACUCGUUCGUGUGCACGAAGGACAGCUACGUUUGUAGUCUACAUUUUGUCGGUGAAAAUGGUCCAACAGAAGAGGAUCCUGAUCCCAUAUCUGCUGUAGCUAGUAAAGAAAGGGUCAGUUAAUUCAGUCAUUCUUUUAUAUCAUUGUUUUUUCUAUGGAAUAGAAGAAUAAAUUAGCUGCUGAACUG